UAAAUGUGCGCCACGUCCACCUCCUGACGUUCAAUGUCAGCUGGCAAAGAUUUUGCUGCCUUUCUUUGAUAACACGGGUAGUUAGUGGACUAACGUCCAUGCACAGAACCGCAUACACAGCUUUUUACGACUGGUCUCACAUUAUCAGUCCAGCGAUGAUUCGUCAGUGUCUAAAAUGCAGAGCGGUUCCCCUCCAGCAGAGCACCCGUGCUUACAGUGUCUUUCCAACCCCACUUGACAGCGAGGAGAAGGAGAUGCUGCACCGAAUUGUGCGUGUGGACCAUGCAGGUGAAUACGGUGCCAACCGCAUCUACGCCGGCCAGAUGGCAGUGUUGGGUCGAUCUAAGACUGGACCUCUCAUUCAGGAAAUGUGGGAUCAAGAAAAGAAACACCUCCAGAAAUUCAACGAAAUCCUGGCUGAGAACAGAGUUCGGCCCACAGCACUGUUACCCCUCUGGAACAUUGCGGGGUUUGUAUUAGGGGCAUCCACUGCACUGCUGGGUAAAGAGGGGGCCAUGGCCUGCACUGUGGCGGUGGAGGAGAGUAUCUCGGAGCAUUACAACAGCCAGAUAAGAGCUCUGAUGGAAAAGGAUCCAGAGAGAUACACUGAACUGUUACAAGUGAUAAAGGAAUUUAGAGAUGAUGAGCUGGAGCAUCACGAUACAGGAUUGGAGCACGACGCUGAAAUGGUACCUGGAUACUGGCUAAUGAAAAAUGCAAUACAGCUUGGUUGCAAAGCUGCAAUAUAUGUUUCCCAACGUGUCUAAAUCUGAACUUAAAACAAAUUGUUUUGAUAUUUUGAGUUUUUCCGUUUUUUGGGAACAAGUUAAUUUGAGUCUAUGUUCAAAUUCUGUUCCUUUGUAAGUGAAACAACUUUUUGAUGCAACGUGUUGUACUUUUGUCAGAUUAAAAAUGUUGAGCUCAAACAUUGACUUAAUUAUGAUUGCUUUGUAAAGUAUAUAGUACAUGCACCCUGCCUGGAUACGAUGGUGGAGGUGACUCUUGCUGAAAUAAAUGUAUUUGUAAAUGUAAAA